AUCUCACGUUACAGGAGGAAAAAACGCUUUCAAUGGAUACAAUACAAAUCUUUUUAGUGUUAAUUGGAAAGCGAGUUGGAAACAAGUCACUAAAAGUACAAGAAUCGGUGACAGGCCACACCGGCCUACUCAAAUGAAAAAUUCGUCCUAAAAAUGAUAUUAACUCCACAUGAUUUGACAAAAACCAUCACAUCAUGAAAACUACCUAUAAUUCGUAAUUUUUAGUUUCUCAAUAGAUUAUGAGAAGUAAAAUGAAUUAUUAUGCGAAGUAAAUUGAAGUUUACGCUCGCAUGACAUUUUUUACGUUCUCUUUGUUGACGUUAUCGGCCAACCAUACACGUCAUAACACAUGUUGAUUAUCAAUUUUUGCGGUCCCGGGAUUUGUAAGAGUUACUAUCUUCCUACCACCAGUCACUCGGCAGUCGGCACUAGUCAGAUUCAGACGUACCAAAUACCAAUUUCGGUUUACCCAAAAUUAAGUUGUUCAUAGGUUCCUGUCCUUGAUCAUCCCAGCCCAUUGAAGCUUUCUGAAACAAGAGCUGCAUCAGCAUCACUGUCAUGGCCUUGAGUGUGAAGCUGCAAUUUUUAAUAGGUCUUCUGUUGAUGGUUUCUUCAUCCACCUCAUCUGAUCUGCCCAAGUCAAAGGUUGUCAAAUGUGCUGUGUGUCAGAGUCUGGUGAAUGAAGUUCAUUAUCAGAUAAGCCAGGUGGAUCCACGACGUAAGAUUGAAGUUGGAUCGUAUCGCAUCGCAUCCAAUGGAGAUCAGCAGACGACCAGCAGGAUCUACGCUGGAUCAGAGGCUCACAUGACAGAGCUGAUGGAGACCGUGUGUGGCUCGUUCAAAGACUACGCGCAGGCCAAGCACAAGGAGACGGGUCGUGUCGAAGUUAUCCCCAUUGUGGGUAAAGAUGGGCAGAUGAACCCUCGCUUCAGCGAGUACGAGAUGAUCCAGGACCCCGACCUCAACAAGAGUCUCGAGUUCCAUUGUGAAAGCAUCGUUGAGGAUCACGAGGAUGAUAUAGUUGAGCAUUUUAGCAGCCAGCCCCAGCAAGAGUUUGAUCUUGAGAAAUCCCAAAAAGAAUUUUGUUGGUCGAAGUCCAAAAUAUGUUCUGGUUUCAAAGAAGAGUUGUGAUCACAGUUGGGCUUCGUAGCAUUUCGAAUAUCAUAUAUCAUGAAGUGGAAUUUCUGCAGACAUUUCAAAAUUGGCUGAGAUGUCUAGAUUCAUUCCUUGAUGUGUUCGUAUAUGUGCAGAACCCAUGUGUUGUUACUAGAGUUUUACUGAACAUUUGAGAGAGUGACAUCAAGCUUUUGCUUAUUCUACACGAUUAUUCCUUUUAAAUCCAGUAUAAUCGUAUGAAGUUUAUCUGUUUCAUCAGUUAUUUCUCUACGAAACCUAAUCAAUAGUUAUGCUGGGAAUAUGUCCACGUAGAUUUAAUAAUUAGUUACAUCUCCUGUCAAGAAAGGUUCGUAAGAGCAUCAAUUAAAAUUAUUAAAUGAAUCUGAAAAUUUGUUGAAGUUUAAGAAUCUUUAUGUGUACAUUAAUUGUUGACGAAAGUUUUCCAGUUUUUCCCCACUUGUCUGCAAUUAUAUUGAAGUUCAACGUGUUUCAUAGAAAAUGAUGUAUUCCAUUCAUGGUUUUCAUAAUUUAUGAUCUUUGUCUUUUGUUGUGCAUUGAUGUUUUUUUAUACUGCCGUAACCGCUUGAAUAAGCGAAAGCGUUCGAUUAUUUAUUGCUACAGCAAUUCUUGAGGAAGGCUUCCAAGCAAUAUUAUAGUAUAUAUUCCACGUAUUGUUGAAUUCAAUUUUUUCUUAGAUAGACGUUAUCGCCUGUUUUGUUUAUUGAAAUUCAGCUCAAUUUUUGUACCUUGGAGGUGAAAAUAUCAUUUAUGGUAUUGGUAUGCAUGUCUUUAUUAUUAUAUUUUACUCGGCUUUUCAGUGCAUUGUCGCCUGUCUGUAAUUAUGCUAUUGAAGGCAUAAUCUCGUUCGAUUAGUGCAAUAAUUAUUUUCUUAAAAAUAGAAUUUUUUCAUCAUUCGGCUAUCCCUCAAUUUUGAUGGCCGUAACCGAUCACAAUCUUAAGCCCCAGUUAAUGAGCUUGUAAGUACAGAGAAGCAUCAUGAGAGCCGUUCAUCAGUGAAAGAAGCUUCUCUCCUUGUGCCUUAAAGUUGUUUAAUUUGGUCAUUUGUGAUCUUUUUGUCCGUUCCGUAUUAUCCGAUGACAGUCGUUGCACUCUGAGCUUCGCGAGCACGUGUUUGCAGUUGUUUUCAAAAUUAAAAGAAUUGACUUAGCUCUUCUGCCAAUCUUUGACCUCCAAUCAUCAACAUUAUUGAUAAUAGUUUAAAAUACUCGCAUUUAUUUGUGUUUUUGUCGCGCUUUCUCAUUUAUUCCCACUAAUUUUUUUUGCGUGCUGUCUCGUUUUCUGAAGGAAUUGUGAUUUUUUUUCCGUUUUAAUGGUGUGGCACAAACUAUGUUAAAAAAAUCAUUCAUAAUCAUGUUCUAAAUUUCUGUUUCACUUUCAAAUUUUACUUCAAAACUGAUAUGAAUACAUUUUUUGCUAAAAUCUUGUAGAUUGAUUUUAUUUAUCACUAGGUUAUCGUGUUACCGACCGUUCGGUUUUUGCUGCAUGACUGUAUUCUAUGAGUAAUUUCUUUCUUUGUAGAAUUUUACUGUUAAUUUGACAAGUAUGGCGUUGAGUGUUAUACUUUCCGGACACACGCUGCAUAUGGGGUCCAGCACAUGUUAAAGUCGCUCAUACAUUGUUAUUAUCUCACGUGAAAUGUGGUUUCGACGAAGCUAUACUGCGUGGUCUGCUUUGUUUGGUCAAUUUCUGGUCGUGAUUAAGUGUAUUGCUUUGCACCGUAAGUAUUGAAUAUUUAUUAAGUAUGUUAUUUGUGGAGUAAUAGGAAAUGAAUAUUUCUUGAAAUGUGGCAUUUAAGUUAAAAGAGAAUAUAACCACUGUAUGAAUUGAAACCAUUGGUUUACACAUUUUUCAUCUUCAUAAAGAAAGUUAAAUCGU